GGCCGAAAGAAGAGGUUUUGGAGCUAACGCACGUAUGUCACUGUGAAUUUGUUUGAUCGUGUUUGGUGUUGAUGCAGAAAUGACUCGUUGGAGGCAUGUAUGCUGUUCGACGUUGUUGUUGCUAAUAAUUAGCAUAGCGCUUGCAAUUCCUAAACCAGAUGACAAGGAAAAGAAAGAUCGGGUGCUAGACAACGAACUGAGUGAUCAGGAGCAUUAUCAGAAUGCACAGCACAAUGCACAGUAUGAUCAUGAAGCAUUUUUGGGGGAAGAAGCUAAAACAUUUGAUCAGUUGACACCAGAAGAAAGCAGAAGAAGACUUGGGUUGAUAGUUGAUAAAAUUGAUAAGGAUGCAGAUGGUUUCGUUUCAAGAGAGGAGCUGAAAGACUGGAUUCAAUACACACAAAAACGGUACAUUACUGAUGAUGUUGAGCGACAGUGGAAGGCACACAAUCCAGAAAACAAAGAUAAACUUUCAUGGGAAGAAUAUAAGAAAAUGGUUUAUGGGUUCAUGGAUGAUAUGGAUCCAAGUGAAAUGGAGAAAGAAGAAGAAGGGUUUUCUUACCAGAAUAUGCUGCGUCGUGAUAGGCGGCGAUGGAGUGUGGCUGAUCAAGAUGGAGAUGAUGCUCUAACAAAGGAAGAGUUUUUAGGAUAUCUUCAUCCAGAGGAAACUGGCCAUAUGAGGGAUAUAGUAGUUUUAGAAACCAUGGAGGAUAUAGACAAAGAUAAGGAUGGACGAAUCUCACUGAGUGAAUAUAUUGGAGACAUGUAUCGAGGUACAGAAGAUGAACAUGAGCCUGACUGGGUGAAAAAUGAGAGAGAACAAUUUUCUCAGUAUAGAGAUAAAGAUGGAGAUGGGUUUAUGGAUAAAGAAGAGGUUAAGAACUGGAUCAUUCCACCAGAUUUUGACCAUUCUGAAGCAGAAGCGCGACAUCUUAUCUAUGAAUCAGACGUAGAUGCUGAUCAGAAAUUGACCAAGGAAGAAAUACUUGGCAAAUAUGAUUUAUUUGUAGGGUCACAAGCUACUGACUUCGGAGAAGCCUUAGCACGACAUGAUGAGUUCUAAUCAGCCUCUCAUUUUACACAAAGGAUUAUUUUAGAGUACAUAACAAAUUCAUGAAAUGUGUAUAUGUAGAUAUGGGAAUUUCCAUUUCUUUCAUAUGUCAAAUUUAAAGUACGUAAUUCUCCAAAUAAUCUAAAUGGAGCAUUGGAUAGAGUCUGCCUUUGGAAGGACACAGACUUAAUCUUUUCUGUGUCUUUUACAGAUUGUUCUACAAGAUAGUAUUUCUGCUUUGUGUUACGUGAAAUACAUUGUAUGCAUAUGAUGCCGCAUGUUAUUUCUGGAUUGCUCUGUUGGCAGUCAUCAAGUUAUGUUUGAAAUGACACUGGAUGGCAGGAAAGUGGCUGAAUUUAAACAAAAAUAAAUUAAUAAUAGUACUGUAAUAUUCCAACAUUAGAAGGAUUAAUUUAAUGAGCAUUUUAUACCAGAUUAUAUUUUUACAUUAAUCUUUUACUGAUUAGUUAUCACAGAAUAGAAUCUCACUGAAGUCUCAUCAUAGCUGUAUGAUCUAUUGAAUCUUAUAUGACCAUUGGGCAUUUAUACAUAGUAAUGCCUGCUAUUUUGGAGCCUUCAUUUCUCAAAUGGCUAGACAUAAUAGUUUUUAAUUUAGGUAAACCAGUACCUUGUAAUUCUGGCCUUCCACAUCAUGGGCUUAAUCAGUUCUCACACUCAGGUAGAAUUCAUAGAAUACAAAGUUGUGCUUAUUGAAGUUUUGUUGUGAUACUUCCAUUUCUGCAAAUUAAUUCAAUAGUAUCACAGUCUUGCAAACAGUGAUUCUAAAUGGCUUCUCCAGUUAGUGUAAUGUCUUUGAAAACAUAUGCAGAACUUGAGGAAACGUCACCCUUUGAACUUACCAUAACUGAAUGAUGUUAGAUCUCAAUUUGGAACGGUAUACUAAUGUAAACAAAAAAAUUUCUAUGAAAUUAUGAAAAGAAUGAAACAUACCUGGUUAGUACGUUUUGUGCUGUCAUACUGGUUGCAUGAGAAGCACUACGUAAUCAUUAACUACUGUUUACAGUUUCUUUGCUGUAAUGAAGACCAGACAUUAUUAACUUUUGCAGAAAUUCUUACUUAUGCUUCAGAUUGUUGUCUUGUGUGUUAUGAUUCCAUUUGAUUUUGUAGGUGGUCACCAAGUUUUCAGGGGAACCCGGUGCCUCCACACUACUGUCCCAAAGACAGGGACAGCAGGUACCUUGUAAAUGCUCGUAAAAAUGUACAAAAUUAAAUAGUGUUAUAACUCAGAAGAACAUAAUCUUAAUUUCACUGCCAUAAAAACCCCAAAUCUUGAAUGAAGUCUAAAUGCAAGUGGCUGUAUGUGUUUACUGCUAAAACUAAUGUGUCUUUGAGGUGAUGUUCGUAUGUAUUUUAUAUCCGUAUUCUUUUGAAUGAGUACUGCAUUUGUGCCAUACAUUGAUCAUACUAAUAUUUUUUGUUCUCCUUUUAUGUGGCUAUUGAAUAAUUUAUUGUGUUUUAAGGAAUGGUGCAGGAUAUGUUCCUGAAAUGUAAUCUGAAAUACCACCGCGUACCAUAGCAAUGUCAUCACUGCUGUUACUAUGAGUAUAUAUAGUCCUGUACAUACUAGUAUCACACUGCAGAUCACUGUCAGAAUGAACUCCUUAAGACCUUGAGAAUCUGAUCAAUUUAAACUUCAUUUUCCUGUAAUGAUAGUUGCAUGAAUCUAAUAUUUUUACUGUUUGGGUUGUAAUAUAAAUGACUCAGCUUUUCAGUAGAAAAAGGGUUGACUUUUAUGCAGAUAGUAUGGCUUGCAUUGCAAUCCACAUAGUUACUUAAGUAUGAUUUCUGUGUGAGAAUAGACAAUAAUAAUUCCUGUGAAAUCCAUGAAAUUUUGCCACCUUGCCAAGUCAGUUACCUCUAUAAUUGGUUCCUUUUUUGGAUCCAUUAUGUUAUGAUAAUUCUGUUUAGAUAAAGGAUAGCUCCAUCAUCAUAGUGACAGGCUGCGGGCUGGAUGACCAUGUAAUCAUUGUUCAAUUCCCAGCAGGGGUAAGAAAUUUUUCUCUUCUCCACAUUUUCCAGACUGGCUCUGGGGCCCAUCUACCUCAUAUCCAGAGGAUACAUGGGGCUCUCCCUUGGAGUAAUGUCAUUUACAUUCUUGUAUUUCAUCCUAUGCUUCUGUACAUACUAUAUCCUAUCUAUGUAGGUCACACAGACAGAUGAGCAAUUUUUUUUUGUACUGGUCUGUAUAAAUUAAAAUUUCUCCAUCCAUGUGUCCCUUUGUGUAUACCUUGUAAGAAUCCUCUCUGCUAUUUUUUGGCAGCUGAUAGCUGACAAUCCACAAAAUGGUGCAUUUUUUAUUUUUUAUCAUAGGUCUGCUGUAUUUUUCACAUUUAAUUGAUCAUUAAAAUUCAGAUAUGGAAAUAUUUCUUUCACAUUCGCUUCAUUCCCUUAAUUUUAUAUUAAGUGCAUGGAUUGUCUAGUCAAAAAUAAAAUACAGCUUUUUGAGAAACAUUAACAUGGCUGCAAAAGUAACACAAGGCAAUGGUUAUGUAGUUUCUAUAGAAACAAAAGUAGGAAAUUUUAACAUUAAUUUCUGUAAGUUUGCCAUAGACAGGUUUCAUAAAAAAUGCAUACACUUCACAAGCCCAGAGACAAUAUAUAAACAUUACAGGCUGAAAUUCAGUUUUGACUAAAUUUCACCAGUGGAUUUAUGGGGAGGAGGUAUCUAAUUCAUUAUAAUGUGAGGACAUGAGUAGAAGAUAUGUUACUACUGGCAAGUUUGAAGAUACUGACAAAAUUAAUCAUUUGGUGCAGUAUUUCACACAUUUUGUAGUGGUUGUGGUUAAUGGGCCACAUAUUAGAAUUUAAAUUGAUUUUUUGUAGUUGAAAGCAACAACUAACACCACUUGUUUUGAUAUCUGAAGUCUGUGUAAUACUUGGCAUUGCAAAACAGUGAUUGCAUGGCCACAGUUCUAGGUCUCAUUUCAGUUUAAUGACUGAAGAAUGGCAGUGGGGGGUAGAGGGGGUGCUGUGACAUACUGAAGCCAGUAAAAUAAUUCUUAAAUGUCUGUGCAACAUGCCUUUGUUUCAAACAUUUGUAGAGCCUGAAGAAUGAGGAACUUCCAGUCUUCAUUUGUGAUAUUGUUAGUGGUAUUUCUUGACAUUUCAUCUUAAAUAAAUGAGUAAUCUGCUAUUUAAAACAAAUGUUAAUCCAACUCUCUCUGCUUUUAGAAUCUGGAAGUUUAACACACAAAAGUCUGCAGUUCACACAACUAUCCUUAUGCCUACAUGUAAAAACAAACAUGUUUCUUCAGCACUCACCCUUGUGGCUGCAUUUCACAGGAGUUUCCAAAUAUUUGGUGUCUUGAUUAUCCUAACAAAUUUAUAAUGAUGUCGUGGUACUCGUUUUUAAGACUGAGUUGACCUCAGGGCUAUAGUGUGGCUGGAAGGAUUAGGUAAAUUGAAAAAUCUGGUGACCUCAUCAGGAAUCAAAUCCAAGACCUUUCGGCUUGUAACAUAAUGCCUCAACCAACUAUGCUACUAUGUGGCCCCACUAUGCUAGAAACCAUAAGUUAGUGGGUUUGAUUCUCACUGUCAUUUGUGGGCCUUGAUGUCUCACAACGUUAUGGGCCUUCAUGGCCUGUUACAGGGAUAGCUUUACCCUUUUUUCCUUCAUGAAAUGGGUUGGUAUUGUGUAAGAGAAAUCAUAUUCCUGAUAUGAAUGAGUACAUAGUUUAGCAUAGUUCAAGUUUAAAUUAUUUUAUUCAUAUCAUUUGCAUAAAAGCAUAUAGUUCAGAACCCAGUGACAAUAAUGACAGUAACUCAACAGGGAUGCUGGAUAAUGGAUUGCAUAAAUUAUAUUUAAUCUCUCAAAUAGCAGGUUAGAAGAGAAUGUUAUGCUCAUAUUCUUUUUAUAAGCCUGUGCUUAGUUUCAUACAAAAAAAGGCUACUUAAUGUUCUUGUAGUAUGGCAGCAGAUAAUAUAUUUCUAAUGAUAUUUAUUCUAAGGAUGAGAGUUGAAAAGAAUGAGGUUGUAUGUAAAAUUGCAAAGAAGAAGACAAUGGAAUUUAGACUAUAUAGUGUUGCUUACAUAUAUAUAAUUGAAAACAUCUUUAGAGGUAUCUUAACAUGUACUGAAAGUGAGUGUGUCUCACAGUAACACAGAAUCUCCAGACUCUUAACAAAAAAUUUGUCAUUGGUGCCUUCUUAAAAGUUUCAUUUACAUUGUUGUGUAACAUGGUUAGAUUACUGAUAAUUAAUGAUAUGAACAAAAUCCGAGUAUAAAUUAAUAUUCAUUUAACAAAAUGCAAAAAGAAAAGGAUUUUGUAAAGUGUGAUGCCCCUAAAAUGAUGCUGUCUCAGGCGUCUGCAUGGUUCACCUGUGUUGUGCCAGCCCUGGUUGUAGUAGUGCUUCCACGUGUUUUGAAACAUUCACUUUUACCCCAUUUGUUUCUUUUUCUUUCGAUUACAGUGUAUGAUUUGUUAAGAAAAGGGAAUAUGUGAACGUUAACCAAGUUAAAGUUAACUUUUGAAGGGAUGAUAAAUACACAGCUAAGAACAAAGCAAAUUUUGUUAAUUAUCUGGAAUUACAUGAUUAUAUCUUGAUUAUGCAACAACACUGAAGAGAAUUAAUCUCUAGUUAAUAACAGGUGAAUAAGAGAAAUCAGUGUUGCCAUUUAUUUCCAGUUUGUUUUUGGUCAAGAUCCUAGACAUAAGAUUGCCAUAAAAUUAAACUUUUUAUUUUCACCUUGGCUUAAUCACCAUAUAUAUAAACUUGACAGAGAAAAAAUAUUCUAUUAGUCUUGCUCUUUGCAAUUAUGUGCUGAAAUAAAGAUUUUUUAUCAGAAUAUUUCUUCCAAAGGUCCAGUUGCAACGAGCAAUUUUUAUGUUUUUUAUAUUGAAAUCAAUAUGAUUGUUUAUAUUAGCAGUAUUUCAGUAUUUUUACUUUAACUUAAGGAGACAGCUUAAGAUGUGAUCCACUUCAUAAGAACUACUUAUGAUAUUGUUAUGUGCUAGUGACUUAGACACAGGUUUUAGGACUGUUAAUGAAUUUACUGAUACUACAGAUAAUUACAACACUCACUGUUUUACACGAUAUACAAAUAACUACAGCACACUUCCAAGUUUUUGCAGUCUGUUGUGUCUUCAUGUAUGCUUUGCUUGCUAGUGGCUUCUGAUAAUAAGGAUUCCCUGCACUGCUUGUGCUCAGCAGUUCUUGUCCUUGCUGAUUGAUGACUGCUAAGCCCUGACAGUGGUCCUGAGUGGAGAGCAGAGCAAUAAUCUGAUGAUGGUCUUCACCAGCACAGUCAGUCAUGGUUCCAGAUCCUGUGAGGCUUGUGCCCAUAUUUUUUACAGCUUUGGGAGUCUUGUAAGUACUCCCAGAACUGUCCUCUCAAUCAGUUGCUCUUGGUUCUGUGCCCUUUGGGGUCCAUGAACAUAUAUAACUUUGGGACAGGCCACAUAGAAACUGCCUCUAGCAGUUCAUCUAUCAUUGUAUGUAUAUUCAUUGCCCUAGGAAUGUGUUUACUAAGUCACUGCCAAGCACUUCUCUGUUUCUGCUUGUUGCAGCUUUCAGGCAUCAUGUCACAAUAUAUUUAUUGCCAUUCAUAAAAGUAUUUGUAACAGUCCACUGCCACUGGCCCGUGGGCAAUGAGAGUACCAGCUUAGCAGAUUUCAAAUUUCUAGUUUAUUUCUACAGAUUUCCUGCCUCUAGCAUAUAUUAACAGCGGAGAAAUCAAUCACAGAGCAUACAUGAUACUGCACUUUAUGCAGGUCUUACAAACAUAACUAAAUUGAUGGAGUAAGUUGUGGUACAGAAACAGAAUGCCAUUUAUGUCAAAGACAUUUCUAUCAAAUAGUAUGUAUGUUUUGAAUCCCAAUAUGCUUCAGUUGUUUAUGUGCCAAAGUUAACUACUGGCAUUCUAAUGAUUUAUGAGUAACAAGGUCAUGAAGUAUGAAGUAAUUCGAAGAGUGUCAUGUCUUUCAUUUGAAAUAGCUGUAAUGUAUGGAUUUCUAAUAUCUGGAAAUGUCCAAUGUAUUUUUGUUGUUAACAUUUUAUUUGCGAAUACAUGUAUUUGUGUGAAUGUGUAAAGUAUAUAGUCACAAUUUUAUAA